AUGCUCCUUGAUGUCAAAAACAUACUUGGGUUACCUGUGGAGGGUGAUGCUGUUGUAGAGCAAAGCGAUGUUGCGUCUUUGAAGGUUCACUUUCAGAACUUUUGGGGCGUAGGAGCAGAUAAAAUUGCUGCCAAGCCGACAUCCAUUUGGGAUAACGGGACGAUGUCAUGUCAGGCCAUAUGUGACAGAUGCCUGGCACAGAAAGGAGACACUGAUAUCCAGGUGCAGGGUUUCUUGUUGUUAGUUCUUGGCAGCACUAUUUUUGUCGAUAAGAGUGGUAGUCGUUUUCCUCCUUCUUGCAUCUUAGAGGUGAAGAAGAAGGAUGUUCAGCUUUCUCAUUAUUCAUGGAGUUCAGCUACACUUACUUAUUUGUAUCGGCAAUUAGGCGUUACCUCAUGGAUAGGUUGCAGACAGAUUGCCGGGUGUUUGACAUUGUUACAGUCUUGGAUUUACGAGGAGCAGAUUGCAAUUCAGCAAGAUAAAGGAGGAUUUAUAAUUCUUGAAGGAAGCGAUCGUACUACAACCAUAAUAACCUCUGAUGUCCAUUCUCCAGCGUUAAAUAGCAUUACUUUUGCUUUGUACAUUGACAACUUUGUAGCUAGAGGUGUCACCUUUAAGGAUAUCAAGAUACACUAUGGGAUGAUAAUGGUUGUCAUUAUUUCAAGUCUUGCUACAUUGAAGGAGCCAUUGAUUUUAUAUGGGGUUAUGGUCAACCUGUAUAUGAGACUAGCAGUAUAUACCUAUUAUACCAUGAGUUUAGAGUCAUUUUGGAAACGUGCCGGGAAGUCACAAAAGUCUUCAACUUGUUCUUCACCUAGUUCAAGGGAUCCUCCAAUAGAAGAACAUGUGUCUCCUAAUGAUGAUGAGGUUCCUAUUGCUGCAACAAUUCCACCACCUGAGAACACAGGUCCAAGUGUUCCAAAUACUACUGUUGACUCCGAUGAUACUCGCAUUUAUGAUGUUGAUCUUCUUCCACAUGACCCUGGAAAAAGAAUUCCAAUUAUGGAGUAUCCUCCUAAUGAUCGAGAUGCCGUAAGGAGAGGCUAUAUUACAAAGAAACGUUGUGAUCCACGCACACAUAAUUUUCCUCAAAGAAAAGUUGGAGGGGGAUUUAGAGGAUGGAAUAAGACUGGUAGAUUUGAUGUUCAUGUGGGUGGUAUUGGUAGUUUCCAUAAUCAGGCUAAUGAGAAAUAUAGUAUGUUUAUCAACCCAAAGACAUCAGUUGCUGAAUCUCUUUGCACUUAUUCUAAGGAAGCUAAACUACAAUACAAAUCUCGCUUGACUUAUUCAUUGAAAUGUAUUAGAUUUCUUUUAAAUCAAGGUUUAGCUUGUCGUGGGCAUAAUGAAAGUGAUGAAUCUUGGAAUAGGGGUAAUUUUCUUGCACUCUUAACAUGGUUUUCAGAAAAUAAUAGUGAGGUAGCAAAGGUUGUUCUAGGUAAUGCCCUGGGAAAUAAUCGAAUGACUAGUCCUUCAAUUCAAAAAGAACUUAUUAAUUGUUGUGCCAAAGAAACCACUAGACUUCUUAUUGAUGAUAUUGGGGAUGACUAUUUUGGAAUAAUGGCUGGUGAAUCAAGUGAUGUAUCUCAAAAGGAACAAAUGGCCCUUUGCUUGCGUUAUGUCAAUAAUAAAGGGAAGAUAAAUGAGAGGUUUCUUGGAAUUGUACAUGUUAAGGAUACUACUGCUUUGUCACUAAAGAGUGCAAUUGAGUCUUUGCUUAUGGAAUAUUCAUUGAGUUUGUCUAGAGUUCGUGGACAAGGUUAUGACGGUGCUAGUAAUAUGAGGGGGGAGAUAAAUGGUCUCAAGACUUUGAUCAUGAAUGAAACAAAACAAGCCUAUUAUAUUCAUUGUUUUGCUCACCAACUUCAAUUAACCCUUGUUGCUGUUGCUAAGGAUAAUGAUGAUUGUAUUUGGUUGUUUGAUCAACUUGCUAUUUUGUUGAAUAUUAUUGGUGUUUCUUGUAAGCGAAGUGAAAUGAUAAGAGAAAUACAAUCUCAACAUAUUCUACAAGCAUUAGAACUAGGAGAAAUUGAAAGUGGGCAAGGUUUAAACCAAGAACAUGGCUUAGGUAGGCCUGGUGAUACUAGGUGGGGAUCACAUUACAAAACUGUUUCAAAUGUUACCGCAUUUUAUGCUACUAUUGUUAAAGUUCUUGAGAAGAUUGGAUCAAAUAAGAUUUAUAAGGAUGAUCGCGUGAAGGCUAUCACUGUCAUGUCUACAUUUGAAUCAUUUGAAUUUGUAUUUAUGAUACAUUUGAUGUCCGAAAUAUUUGGGAUUACUGAUAAAUUGUGUCAAGCUCUGCAAAAGGGGGACCAAGAUAUUGUUAAUGCCAUGACAUAUGUUAAAUUGACUAAGGAGGGAUUACAACAAAUGAGGGUCCAUGGGUGGGAAGACUUUUUACAUCUUGUGGUUUGUUUUUGUGUUAAACAUGAUGUAGAAGUUCCUACUAUGGAUGAUAUGUAUGUUCCUCAUGGAAGGUCAAGACGCUUCUUUGCCAAAGUUUCAAAUCUUCAUCGAUUUCGGGUAGAAAUGUUUAUAAGUGUCAUUGAUUUACAACUCCAAGAGCUCAAUAGUAGAUUUGAUGAAUAA